AUGGCGAGAAGGCAGGUGGCGACUGGAGGGGCGGAGGCUGCUGCACUGCACCUGCGGGAUGGCGGCAAUGGGAUGACGCACGGCAGGCACCACUCUGCUGCCCUGCUGAUCACUCGCCUCCGGAGGAACGGCGAGGCGCGGAGGGAGCGGUGCAGCUGCUGGCCAGCGCGUGUGCACGCAGCUUCGACCCCUCCUCACCACUGCCUUGAUUCCCCCCGUGUUGCUCACAACUGCCUUGAUUCCGCCCGUGUUGCUCACCACUGCCUUGAUUCCGCCCGUCUUGCUCACCAGUGCCUUGAUUCCCCCCGUGUUGCUCACCACUGCCUUGAUUCACCCCGUGUUGCUCACCACUGCCUUGAUUCCCCCCGUGUUGCUCACCACUGCCUUGAUUCCCCCCGUGUUGCUCACCACUGCCGGCGAGGAGGCGAAGGUGCUGCUGGCGUGGAGGCGAAGGUGCUGCUGGCGUGGACGCGAGCGUGUUGGGAUGACGCACGGCCGGCAGUCACAGGCGUGUGGCUGCCUCCUACCCGCCCUGCUGACCACGCGCUCGCAGGCAAGUUCAGGCUGCGAGGAGGGCGAGGGGCCAGCGCGGGGCAGCAAGAGGCGUCGACUCGUGGGGCGAGGGGGCAGCGCGGGGCAGCAAGAGGCUUCUAUCUAAUCCCCCACUUCCAAUCCCUUCAGCAUGGCGGGCAGCGUGGAGACGACACGGCGGGCGGCACGGACGGAGGUGAGGUGCUGAUUUAUCGCUUCAGCAAGGUCGACUCGUGGGGCGAGGAGGGCGAGGGGGCAGUGCGGGGCAGCAAGAGGCUUCUAUCUAAUCCCCCCCUUCCAUUCCCUUUAGCAUGGCGGGCAGCGCGGAGACGACACGGCGGGCGGCACACGGAUGGAGCUGGCAGGGUCCAAGACUCGAAGACCGCCCCCGACUGCGGCAUAGGUGUUGUGCGGCAGGGGUCGCUGACGGCGUUGGGUCGGACGCGGCCCACACCUGAAGCGCCCCUGUGUUACGCCACCUGGUCUGAGCUGGGCUGUGGGACGCCGCAGCCCGGCUCUUGUCGUUUAGGGGCUGCGGUCCCACACGAAGGGUCCCCACCUCAGCGCGGUGUGUGGGUGUAA